UUGUAAUGAUGUCUCUGAAAGGCUCUGGCUCGCAGGAGAGGUGGCCGCUAGACGAGCGUCACUCUGUUCGUAAAAAUCCCAAGACAGGAGUGGUGGAAGACAUGCCGGAAUUGCACCCAAAUUUGAUAUCGACAGUGGAAUUCUUGUGCUAUCGUCCACCUCCUAGUGAUGUUGCGGAUGAGACAAGUAUUGAUGAAUGGAGUGAGGAGCUGAAUCUUAUUAAUGAAGAUCUUAAGUGGCUACUCAGUCAGAAAUACAGCCAAUUUUGGUGUCAGGUUAUAUUUGAUGACUCACUCAAGUCUUUCCUUGACUCCUAUCUGUUAGCUGCACCAAGAUCAUGGCCUAGCUUAUCGUUACCGUCUCAUGUGCAGGCUGUGCACGAGAGUGUUCAUAGACGUGUGUUUAUGGUGUUUCUAAGAAUGACAACAAACAGGGAGAACCAGGAUGACUUUCUUUCUGAUGAAGCGUUUGGUGACAUUUUAUAUGAAAACUUUCUACUUGACAUUCCCAAAAUGAUGGAUCUGUGUAUUUUAUAUGGAGGAAAAGAAGCUCAACAUGCAAACACUCAACUGCUGACAAAGAUGUUGACUAAUGUCUUUAUGAAGCAGCCAAAAUAUACAGAUGAUUUAGAGCAUUCUGCUCAAGGAAUUUUGCUGGUUUUUGGUAAGCUGAAAGAGCGAGUUCUCAAUGAACGAGAUCCAAGCCAGAGACAAGGAAAGAGUGGUGACCUAAUUCAUAUAGCUGAAAUUUGUGACUAUGUGAUUGAUAUUGGACGUACACUUUUGGCAUUCAUGUAUGUUUACAAUCCAUCAGCACAAGUCUUUUAUAGUGCUGGCUUUACCAGAGAAAUUGUUGAGUUGUAUGAAGCUGUGGUACCUUCAUUGGAAGUUUUGCUUUUCAGCAGAUGUCAAAGUUCAGUAUCUGUGUUGGGUGGACUAAAAAGAUCUCUCUCUAGAGCAAAGAGAAGCAUGGUGGAAGUGUUCUAUCAUCUCUUUCAUAUAUGCCUCUUGUCUCAGGCAAAAGAUCAGUUGUCAGUUGAAGUGCAGGUAAAACUGAAGGAAGAAGUGUUCAGUGUAAUUUCAUUGCUGUUGUCAUCUCAAAGUUUUGUUUCUCAUUAUGACAAACUCUAUCCAGUAGUUGAACAACUGCAGUUUCUGAAAACACACGUGUUGCACAAUGAUAUGGAACAGGUUGAAUAUUUACAGCAAAGUAUUCAAAGUCUUGGUCUCACAAGUCAUGAAGUUGCUGGGAAAUCUUCUAGUUGGGCAGUUACUUCUGCUGUGGGGCAAGAUGCUGAUUUACAAAUCUUGAAAGAAGUCAGCGUUUCAGCAAGUGUGACUACCACAGCAGCAGCAGCAACAGCAAUGGCAGCUGUUCCAUCAGAGGUUGAGAUCAACGUAAUGAUCAGUCAAGUUCAAGAACUUUUGCCUCAUUUAGGCACCGGCUUUAUUGAGACUUGCCUUGAGGAGUUCUCGUGGGACCCAGAAUGCACUAUUGAUGCUUUGCUGGAAGGCAAACUAUCUAUUAGGUUACAGAGUUUAGAUCAACAAUUGCAAAGGGCUCCUCGUGCUGUAGAACGAUUAUCAAAAGAAGAAAAGAAGGUUGUGAAGAGUCCUCAGAGGAACAUGUUGUCUACAAGACGCAAUGUUUAUGACAAUGAUGAGAUGGAUGUAUUUCAACACGAUAGUAUCAAUUUAUCUCGUGUCAUGUUUAAGGAACGAGAUCGUGAAUCUGAUGCUCUCAAACUUCUUGAUGAUAAAUCACUAGUGACAUCAAUACGUCAUCGUUACGUGGACACUUUGUAUGAUGAAUAUGAUGAUGAAUAUGAUGAUACAUACGAUUCAACAUCUGCUGCUCCAAAUAUGACAGCAACUGAAACAUCUGAUCUCGUUGUUAGAAGAUUAAAUGAAAAAGUCCCACUCUUUCGUUAUGUGGAUGAGUCUGAUGAUGAAGAGACAGAGCAGGAGCAGGGUCCGGUCAAGGCAUCCUCUGAAAGUGAGAAACAGGACCAGCAGAAACAGCAACAACAGCAAAAGCAACAGCAUCCACAAGGCAGAACACACCAUAGCAAUGCUGGUUCCAGCCAACGUAAAGGCAAAAGCACUGGACUGUCAUCGUCAGGCCAAGAACAAAGAGAGAGAGCCUACAAGGAAAAACACAAGGGCUCUUUUUCCAAUCACAGCCGUAAAAUGGCAGCACAAAAGAAACACAGCAAAGGAAUGGGAUUUUCACGAUAAAUUGCAAUACCAAACGGCUGUACGUAG